AUGAAACUGGGCACAGAUCCCAGUUUGGAGAAAGUGGUGCGGUACAACUAUCCACACCGUAUUCCCUGCCCCGCUAUUGAUGUGAUAGGGGGUGUGUCAGUGUACAUCGAGCCGGGUCACUUUCCACCUACGGUGGAAUGCUACCCGGCCUGGAAAGUGGUAGUAGGGAUUCAUCCCCGAUUCGCAACCACGGUCCAAGACGCGGUUAGGGGAUGGGUGGAGAAGAUGGCCACUAAGAAUGGGGUGGCCGUCUUUGUUGGGUUAGAUUAUUCAGCCGACGUGGGAACGUGGAGGGCCCAGGAGUUGCUGAUGAAAGCAAUCCUGGAGGCCAGCAGGCCGUUCACGCCUGUAGUGGCGAGUUUUGUGGGGGAAAAUUGGAGUCGUGGCCCUCUCGCGGCUGGUAUCCUUCUCCUCCAGGAGAGGUGCCCCCCAACCCAAAAAAUUCACUUAACCUCUUUCGACGGGGGGUGCCAAGCAGUUAAGGAUGCCUGUAGGUUGUUCCCGGAGGCCUAUUUUGGGGUCUCCGGGAAGGUGUUUGCAAUGGACGGGGAACAACGCCAGGCAGUGGCGCUUAUCCCUGUCGAUCGUCUUCUAUUGGAGACAAAUGCUCCUCAUAUCGGACUGAGGGGCCAAGGUCCUAGCGGCCCGAGUUACCUCGGAGAGGUGGCAGCCGAGGUGGCCAGGGUUCGAAAAACCUCCCUGGAAGCAGUGCUGCAAAGCACUGUUUCCAACGCCCGGCGGUUGUACGGGCUGGUUAACCGGUCUAACAAUAUUAUCCAGUUGAAUGUAUUUCAGGUGAAUGGUUGGUGUUCAGCAUCAACUUGGGGAACAGUUAAUUGGGGAUUGGCGGGAAAAAGGGACCCGCCCAUUGGACGAGGAGCGUCACAUGGCAAAAAACGAGAGCAGACGAUUCUGGAAAGGAGAGGCGACACUCUGGCGACUGAACCGUAA